AUGCGCUCCGGCCGACAGCUCCGCGGGACCGGGGACGGGAGCUUUGAAAGCCCCUCACCGGUCGCAGCUUCGCGGACCGAGGAGCUGCAAGUUUUGCUUGCUGUCUUUCCGAGGGCCAUUCCGUCACUGGAGUUUAAACGUGACAAAGGGAUUGUGCGGGCGUCAGCUGUGUUGACAAAUUCUCAGCCAAAGUGGCUCGGCGGGGCGCAAACAGCCCAGAGGACUUCAGAGGCGCAACGGGCUGGACACUUGGCGUUGAGAAUCAUGAGUGGCUUUGCGGGGUCAGCAGAGGACCAGGCCAAGGAGCCAAGUGUUGGUGACGGGGCUGUGGGCAUGUGA